CUCCAUUCCCUCCCUCCAUCCCCCUUCACCUCAUCCCUCCAUCCCCUCAUCCCUCCAUCCUCACCCCCUCCCCUCCAUUUGCACAUCUCCCCACACCCCCUUUCUCACUCCUUCCAUCCCAUUUCAUCCCCUCCCCUCUAUCCUGGUCUUCCCCGUCCCAUUGCUCCUGCUUCCUCCAUCCGCCCAUCCCCUUCAUCACCUCGUUCCCUCAUCCCCUCCUCUGCCCUCGCUCCCCUCCUCGCCAUCCGUCUCUUCUACCGCUCUGCCCUCUUCCCCCCCCCCCCCCCGUGCAUUCACCUCACCUCAGCUCCUCUCCUUCCCAUCUCGUUCCUCCCCUCCCUGCCCCAUCACCCUUUCUUCCCGCGGGUGUUCGACUCCCACUCGCUCCUCGCCUCUCCCUCUUGCGCCGUCGCCUCCUUUCUCCUCUGAGGGGUUCCACCCUCGACCCCCUCCUCCUCCUCCACCUCAUCAUUUCCGGAGGGGGGAGGAGGAGGAGGGAGCGUGCAGCAGAGGUGCUGGGGGGGUCAACCCCCCCCUCCACACACACUCUACCCUCCCAUCUAGCCCCCUCCACUCAAGGAGGGAGAGAAAGGACAAAAGAGUGGGUGUGGGGGAAGGUGGGAUAGUGGAGUGGGUAGGUGAGGACCCCAUUUCUUCACACUCUCUCUCUCUGUCUCUCUCUCUCUCUCUCUCUCUCUGAGCCAUGCCUAGUUCAGAGUUGUUGAUGGAGCAAAGCAGCACGUUGGAGCUGGUGGUGGAGAUGGAGAUGGGCAGGAUGCUGGAGGACGAGCAGCGGGCACUGCAGUUGGCGCUGGACCAGCUCUCCAUGCUGGGGCUGGGCGAGGAGCAGGAGCAGCGGGAGCCGUUGGCCGAGGGCGAGGAGGAGGAGGAGGAGGAGAACCUCAACAACAACAACAACAACACCGCCGCCAUCGGCCAGCACCACCACCAGCACCAGCACCACCACCACCACCCACACCACCACCGGGAGAGCUACCUGGCCGCGCUGUACGAGGGCGGCGAAGCCAAGAAGAGGGGCUGCAACACCACGGAGUGUGUGCCAGUGCCGAGUUCGGAGCACGUGGCCGAGAUCGUGGGCAGGCAAGGCUGCAAGAUCAAAGCGCUACGAGCCAAGACCAACACCUACAUCAAGACGCCAGUGCGCGGCGAGGAGCCCGUCUUCGUGGUGACCGGCCGGCGCGAAGACGUGGCCAUGGCGCGCCGGGAGAUCAUCUCCGCCGCUGAGCACUUCUCCCUGAUCCGCGCCUCCCGCAACAAGGACGGCCCGGCCGCGCCCGGGGCGGUGCCGGUGCCCCCCAACCUGCCUGGCCAGACCACCAUCCAAGUGCGGGUGCCGUACCGGGUGGUGGGGCUGGUGGUGGGGCCCAAGGGGGCCACCAUCAAACGCAUCCAGCAGCAGACCCACACCUACAUCGUGACGCCGAGCCGGGACAAGGAGCCGGUCUUCGAGGUGACCGGAAUGCCGGCCAACGUGGACCGGGCCCGGGAGGAGAUCGAGGCCCACAUCGCCGUCCGGACAGGCGGCAUGCUGGAGUUUGGCGACGAGAACGAUUUCCACUGCAACGGGACGGAGGCCGGAUUCGGUGGCGGCAGCGGCGGGCGGGCCCCCCGGCCCUGGGCCAAGUUGGCGCUAUCCGCCGGCCGCAAGCCCCUGGCCUGUUUCCGCGGCAACGGCCCGGACCCCUACUACGGCAAGCCGUCGGACGCGCAUCACCAUCAGCACCACCACCAGCACCACGCCUGCUACGCCAACGGCGCCGCCUACGGGGAGGCCUAUUUCGGCGCCGAGGGGCGGGAGGGCCCCUCCGACGCCCACCUCUGGGAGCCCCCCGCCCAGCGCCGGGCCAGCGGAACCGUCGCCCUGCCCCGCCUCUCACCCGAAGUCUGCCACCCGCUGGCCCGCCGGGCGCACAGUGAUCCCUUGCGGGGGAGCGGCCUGCCCGGCGCCACCCACCCGACCCCUCCUGCCCCCCAGCCUCCCAGCGGCGGAGCCGACAGCCCCCCUCCUCCCUCCCCCGCGGCUUCGGCGGCGGCACCACCCCACCACUCCCCCCGCCAGGGGGCCGGGGGGCGGGAGUGCCAGGUCUGCUUCGAGAGCGAGGUGACGGCUGCCCUGGUGCCCUGUGGGCACAACCUCUUCUGCAUGGAAUGCGCCAACCGCAUCUGCCAACGCAGCAACCCCCACUGCCCAGCAUGUCUCAGCUCCGUCACCCAGGCCAUCCGCAUCUUCUCCUGAUCACCCAUCCCGUGCCAGAACCCUCCCGCCCCCACCUCCCGGGGAAGGGCACAGGACGGGCAAGGGGGAUCGCACUGUCUGCUGGAGGAUUUACCCCCGUCUCUCCCUCACGCCCCCUCGUUUACCCCCUCCCACCAGGAUCGCACUGUCUGCUGGAGGAUUUAUCCCCGUCUCUCCCUCACGUCCCCUCCUUUACCCCUCCCCACCCUACUGGGAUCCCAAACACGGUUUCUCAGGCACCCCCCCAGCUCCCACCCCCCAACCCCAGCAGAUGGCGGCAACGACAGAAAAUGGCCAACUACUUUCUCACGCCCCGGGCGUGUUUUUGGGUUUUUUUGAGGGGGUGGUGGGUGGGGAAACGGUUUCCGUUUGGAUUUUCUGUCUGAGACUCUGACGGAAUCACGGGCCUCCCCGGCCCCCUCUCUUCCCCCCCAAUCAGAUGUCGGGCGGCGACUUUUGAACAUUUGACCUGGGGGUGAGGGGGUUGCGUGGAUCCAGCUGCCUUCCCCACCCCCACACCGACGCCGCCACCCCACCUCCCCCAACAGCAGAGAACACUUGUGACUCCUUCCCGAUUCUGAAACAGCCAGCGAACUGUUGGCACUCUGUUACCUCUCGCACCGGUGUCUCGCCGAGGGGGGCGUAGGGGAUGAGCUGUUCGCUGGCUACUGCUGCAGUGACCAGACGGAUACUUCCAGGACUCUGAGCCCCUGCUGAAUUCUCUUCCCUGUUUAGUUCUUGUUGGAUAGUGGAUGUACAGGCAGAUGCGGUGAUGAGAUGUUGUGUCCUGUCAAAGUCUGAUGGAUGAGAUUUAACAAGUACGUUUCGAAACUGUUCUCCCAGUGUUUGAUACUGCUGCCAGGCAGAGAGUCCCUUCCCUUACCAACAUUCUUACCCUCUGCUCUCCCUUCACUCGUUCUCUGCCUUUCUCCCAUUCUGUGUUUCGUUUUUGAUCAGCCUUUUUCAUUCACUCUCUCUGCCUGCCUUUCUCUCUUAGACAGCCUUCCCUUCUUUCCUAGCUGAUUCUCUCUCCAUCUUUCUCUGCCUGUCUUUCUCUCUCUGUCUGUCUCUCUCUCUCUCUCUCUGUCUCUCUCUCUCUCUGUCUGUCUGUCUCUCUCUCUCUCUCUCUCAUUCUUCUCACCUCCCUACAACCUCUUCCUCUCUUCCCCACUCCUCCAUUCUCUCCCUCUCUCUCUGCCUGCCUUUCUCUCUCUCCCCCCACCCCGUGCAUCUCUCCAGGGGGAAUGUAGCUGGAUUUAUAGCGAUUGAAGUCUGCAUUGAUGUAGCACCUCUCGUGGUC